GAACAGUCGGCUGAAGACGCGGAGGACGGGCCGCCGGAACUGUUGUUCAUUCACGGCGGACACACCGCUAAGAUAUCGGACUUUUCGUGGAACCCCAACGAGCCGUGGAUUAUCUGUUCCGUGUCCGAGGAUAACAUUAUGCAAGUCUGGCAAAUGGCGGAAAAUAUAUAUAACGACGAGGAGCCCGAGACACCGGCCGCAGAACUCGAGACCGCGUCCUAAACGAGCCGUCGGUUUGCGGACAUAACAAUCGAUUUUAAAAAUUUAAAUGAAAUUAUUGUUUAUUUUAUAAAAUAAUAUUAAUUACAUAUUGUCUUCAUUUUCAUGACCACUAUUUCUGUCUCUCUUUUUUCAAUUGUCUGUUGUAUUCAUUAUCGGCUCUCCCUUUCCCUCUCAAACC